AUGCCGGUUACUAGAAGCCACAGUAGCCGGAAGGAAGAGUCCAGUACCGCCGAAUCAAGCACGGUCUGCACAAGCAACACCGCGACGACGACUACGACUACGGGAAGCGGUGCGACUGAGACAUCCGCCACGACCACGUCGGCAGCGAACGCAAGCGCUACCGGAUCAGAGCGCCCUGCGACGCCGCCACCUCAGGAAACGAGCGUGGUCACUGUGGUGCGUCAAGUCACAUCGCAGCCAGCUACCUUACGGCCCCGGUCACAUCACUCCAAAGCCUCCCGCAAGAGAUUCCUCGCGGAAUUGGAGGCUAAGGAGCGGUUGGCCGAGGCGCAACAGAAGGAAGCACAAGCCGCCGCCGAACUAGCGAAGGUGAAGCUCAUGCGGAUACAAGCGGAGGACUCGUCCGACGAGGAAGACGAAGACAUCGUCGACAAGAGCGAGCGCAUCGAGCAGUGGGUGCAGGAGCAAUCCUCUAAGCCCCCGCCCCCUGCUCUCGCUCUCACAGCGGGCCAUGCAAGAGGCUCGUCCCCCGUGAGGGGCCAGACACAGGCCCCUCCCACCCCGUGGAUACCUACGGAACCACCACGGGUCGUCGAGGCGCCGCAGCACGAAGAGCGCGCGCCUCCCGAGCGCCAACAAGAAAAGUCGUCGAGUGAAGACGUCACGCAGCUCGCCGCACUAUUCAAGAGUGUGCUGAGCGGUGGCGGCUACAGAGAGCCGCCACGGUACAUUCAAGAUCUACCUACGUUCAACGGAAACAGCAGCGAGUGGCUACCGUUUCGUGCGGCCUACCAUGAAACCGAGAAGUACUUCACGAAGAUAGAAAACGUCGCCCGCCUGAGAAAAAGCCUGCGUGGGGCCGCCCUCGACGCCGUCAGCUGUCUACUUAUCAGCGAUCCGAACCCUGUCGUCAUUAUACAGGGCUUGGAACGACGGUUCGGGCGGCCAGAAGCACUCAUACUCAACGAGCUCGACAAAGUGAAGAAACUACCGAAGCUAGCUGAGAGCCCACGUGACCUGUGCAUCUUUGCAAGCAAGCUGGCCAACAUCGUAGCUACGAUCGAAGCACUGAAGAAACCGCACUUCCUCUACAACCCGGAGAUCGAGCGCACUGCAAUAGAGAAACUCACACCGAUUCUUCGUGACAAAUGGUACGAGUACAACUUCACGCAACAUGGAGAAGAAGCGAACUUGAAGAAGCUGUCCACCUACCUGAACCACGAAGCGGACAAGUGCGGCCCAUACGCCGCGCUCGAGCAGAUCAACAACAGCGCACCUACACCCGUGAGUGCGAGGGAGAAAGCUGCGAAAAAGAAGACGGAACGUACCUACGCCGCCGAGAACACACACAAGGAAGAAGAGGACGGCUGCCCUAUGUGCAAACAGGCUCACAAGUUACCUGAAUGCACGAAGUUCAACGAGAAGACGACUGACGAGCGCUGGGAAAUAGCGAAGCAGAACAAGAUGUGCUUCCGCUGCCUACGUAGCACACAUCGCCGCUUCACGUGCAAAGCGAAGCCCUGCGGUGUCUCCGGCUGCAACCUGCGCCACCACAAGCUCCUACAUCAUGAAGCCGCGAAGAAAGAAGAGAAGCACGAAGAAGUCACCGCGUCCACGACAGAGAAGCCGACCGUCGCAGCGAACAAGAGCGAGCGCCGCCGCGCUUACUUGAAAAUAGCGCCCGUGGUACUUACUGGCCCUCACUCCAGUAUAGAAACCUACGCACUGUUCGACGAGGGAAGCACCAUCACGAUCAUCGACGCAGACGUGGCCAACACUCUCGGCCUCGACGGACCCACUGAUCCGAUGUGGGUGCAAGGAGUCAGCGGCAAAGAAGUUCGACACUCGAAGAGCAAGAAAGUCGACUUCACCAUACGGGGCAAGCACGCACAAGAAGAGUUCAAGCUUGAAGACGCACGCACAGUCGAGAAGCUCGACUUCAUCACUCAGACGGUGAAGAAAGAAGAAGUCGACGACUGCAGCCACCUGAGCGACAUCCAAGAAGAACUCGCCUACGAGGGGGCAUCGCCGAAGCUGCUCAUCGGCCAGGACAACUGGGACUUAAUUGUCUCGAGGGAAGUCCGAGACGGCCGCCGCGACCAGCCUGUGGCAUCUCGCACACAGCUCGGCUGGGUACUGCACGGCUGCCGCACCACACAGAGCAAACCAAUCAACUUCUGCGGACACGUCACGAGCGCUGAAGAAUCAAUGGAGAAAAUGAUGAAGCACUACUUCGAGCUGGAGUCCCUGGGCAUCGAAGCAAGAAAACCGACGACAGAUCCAGAAGAGCAAGCCACGAGAAAACUGGAAGAGGAAAGUCGCCGGCUGCCCGAUGGUCGCUUCGAAACUCGGUUGCUAUGGAAACAAGAAAAUGAGAAAAUACCUAACAACCGUCAAGAUGCACUGAAACGACUCUGCAGCCUCGAACGCAAGCUCGACCGUGACCCAGAACUCAAGAAGAAGUAUGAAGAGCGCAUGGAGAAUAUGCUGAAGUCCGGAUACGCCGAGCCCGCCACCACACUCCCGACGCAAGACAGAACGUGGUACCUGCCGCACUUCGCCGUCUGCAACCCCGAGAAGAAGAAGAUACGACUGGUGCACGACGCCGCAGCGAAGUCACAUGGACGCAGCUUGAACGACAUGCUGCUGACCGGCCCCGACCUGCUUCAGUCACUCCCUGGGGUGGUCAUGCGGUUCAGGCAGCACCCCUACGCAGUCAGCGCGGACAUCAAAGAGAUGUUCAUGCAGAUACGCAUCAAGGAGUGCGACCGAGACGCGCUGCGCUUCCUCUGGCGCGGCAACCGGCGGGAGGGUACACCAGACGAGUACCGCAUGACGUCCGUCAUCUUCGGCGCAUCAUCAUCACCGUGCACAGCACUCUUCAUCAAGAACAGAAACGCCAGAGACUUCGCCGACACGCACCCCGAGGCCGUCCGAGCAAUCGAGAAGAACCACUACAUGGACGACUACCUGCAAAGCUUCACGUCGGUGGAGGAGGCCCAGCACGUCACGAAGACAGUCAACGAGAUACAUCGACAAGCGGGCUUCGAACUACGCGGAUGGGCAUCGAACGAGCGACGAGUACUACGCGAUCUCGUCACCGACGCCGAGACAGCUACGAUCGACAUCGGCGGGAGCGAAAUAGAGAAGACACUCGGCCUCAUGUGGCACGUACACGAAGACAAUCUCGGCUUUCGUCUUAACACUCAUAAGACGCCGGCUGAGGUGCUACGAGGGGACCGUCCGCCGUCGAAGAGAGAAGCACUCAGCGUGAUCAUGUCGCUCUACGACCCGCUCGGCUGGAUCUCGCCCGUGACUACGCCGGCCAAGAGAAUAAUGCAAGACUCAUGGCGCUACGGGACCAGCUGGGACGACCCUAUCCCCGAGGAACUACAGAGCAGAUGGCACAACUGGCUGUCCAACCUACGAGCGCUACGAGAGCUACGAAUUCCGAGGUGCUACGACUACGAGCCGACUGCUACGCGAGAACUACACACAUUCGUCGAUGCAAGUGAAGAGGCAUAUGUCGCAGCCGCCUACUGGAGAAUACAACGAGCAGACGGCAGCGUGAAGAUCACACUAGCCAUGGCGAAGAGCAGAGUGGCACCAAUCAAGCCUACGUCGAUACCGCGGCUGGAACUACAGGCUGCGGUACUCGGGACUCGCAUCUCGAACACAACUCGAUCAGAACACGAUUAUGAAGACAUCACGAGAAGAGUGUUCUGGAGCGACUCACGGACGGUGCUGGCGUGGAUACGUGCUGAGCCACGCACAUUCAAGACCUUCGUCGCUCACAGGCUCGCUGAAAUAGAAGAGUCAACGAAGAAAAGCGAGUGGAGAUGGGUACCUACCGCUGAAAAUGUCGCCGACGACGCAACUCGAGCCACGCCGCACGACUUCGACGCGCAACACCGCUGGUUCAACGGGCCCGAGUUCCUGCGGCACGCUGAAGAACACUGGCCCACGGAGAACAGGGAAGAAGUACCCAAGACCGGCGAGGAGAAGGAGAGCUGCGCCGUCGUGUCGCUCGGACACGCCCACCUGCCGGACAUCGAGCGAUUCUCGAGGUGGACACGACUCAUACGUGUUACCGCUCGAGUACUACAGUUCGUCAGCCUGUGUCGUGCCAACAAGCACGCCACUCACGCCGCACGACGCAAGAGAACAAGAGAAAACGCACCUCAAGACGGCGAGUGGAAGAACACAGCAAGAGCACCGACAACGAACACGAAAAAGAAGCACGAAAACACUCCACGAAGAAAAUACAAGACAGUCGCGGCGGAACACCUAAUUCACGCCGAGCGACUAUGGAUCGAGUUUUCACAACGAGAAUGCUUCGAGUUCGCGCACACUGGUACCGAAAAGCUGAAAAGCUUAAGUACCUACACCGAUGACUACGGGAUACUUCGCCUGAAGGGACGCAUCGCUGCCACCGACGCCAUCAAUGAAGAGACGGCGAACCCAGCUGUGCUAGAUGGAAAGCACAGAUACACGAGGCUGUACAUCCAACAUGUACACGAACAGCUGCACCACGGCGGGACUGAAAUAGUCGUGAAUGAAUUACGACAACGGCUGUGGAUAAUCAAGAUAAGACCGACUGUGAAGAAUGUCGUGAAGUCGUGUCUCACCUGCAGAAUGAAGAAAGCGAAGCCGUCCAGCCCCGCCACCGGAGACCUGCCUGCAGCACGCCUGGCCCACCAUGUCAGACCGUUCACCUACACGGGUCUAGACUACUUUGGCCCGCUCGAGGUGACUGUGGGCCGACACCGAGAGAAGAGAUACGUCGCACUCUACACCUGCAUGACUACGAGGGCUGUGCACCUGGAGGUAGCGGCCUCACUCAGCGCGGACUCCACCAUCGCUACGCUGCGCCGCCUGAUAGCCAGGCGCGGCUGUCCGACCGAGCUGUGGAGCGACAACGCAACGGGCUUCAAGGCUGCCGACAAGGAGCUCACCGAGGCCGCCUCGGAGGCCCUGCAGGAGGAAGCUGCGCGCCGACACAUCAUGUGGCGCUUCAUACCGCCCGCCUCACCAUUCAUGGGCGGGGCGUGGGAGCGGAUGGUGCGCACGGUGAAGGAUGCCCUGCGAGCGACGCUGCACGAGAAGUACCCCAGCGACGAGACACUCAGCACCCUGCUGGCUGAGGUGGAGAGCACCGUGAACUCCCGCCCACUCACUCACGUGGCGGUGAGUCCGGACGACCCCGUGGCUCUCACACCGAACCUGCUGCUCAUCGGGCCCAACUGCCACGUGCCGACGCCGGGGACCUUCAGUGAAGAGGACGACCACGCACGACAGCACUGGAGACGAGCUCAACGGCUGGCAGACGUCUUCUGGCAGAGGUGGAUGCAGGAGUACCUACCGCUACUCCAACACCGGCGGGAGCCUCACAGCACCGGCAGCCAACCGAAGAUCGGCGACCUGGUCAUCGUGUGCGACUCCAACAACCCGCGCAACACCUGGCCCCGAGGACGAGUCACAGCUGUCCAUCCAGGGAAGGACAACAUCGUGCGAGUCGUCGACAUCACUACGAGCAACGGGCACGUGCUGCGUCGACCAACGAAGAGGAUCGUCGUGCUGCCAAUAGAAUCGCAAGAUAGCGACGGCGGGAGAAUGUUCACGACGAAAAUACCUAGGCUAAGAAGAUUAGAUUAA